AUGGAUGAACCUACUGAGACCGUGACAGCACAGCCCAACGCGACGGGUAGUGCCGGCACGAUGGAAGAGCUGCCAAUGGAGACGAUAUCGCUGUCGGAUAAGGUCGAUGGGCAAUGCGCGUCUGCGACGGGCGACGAUGAUGGCGACGACGACGGCGACUCGCAGGCGACGUCGCAGCUGACAGCGGAGAAGCAGCCGACGGAAGCGAGCGAUUUCGACGACAAGUCGGACGACGAAAUGGAGGCCGCGAAGCCGGGGGAGAGGGUGCUGAGCGCGGAAGAAGUGGAGCGCGUGCGAAUGAUGCUGACGAUCGUGGGCGACCGCGAGCGACGCGAACUGGAGGCCAAGUACCCUGAGCUGAAGCAGCAGCCGCUGUCGCGCGACCCGAGCAACAAGGAGGAGGGCGACGAGGACGACGACUCGCCGCCGCGUCUCAUCGUCCCGGUCGGACGAGAUCUGCUGGAGGCGACGCUGGGCGACAAUCCGUUCAUGCUCGACUUCGGCAUCCGCAGCUGCGCCUUCUCCUACAGCCACUUCGUCGGCAUGCGACGAAUCAAAGCCUUCUCCGAGCCCGACGCCUCCGCGCGCUCGUACAUCGCGUCCACGUCAGCAAAGAUUCGCGGCAACGCGGUGGCGAUAAAAGACAAGCUCGAGGAGAAUUGGCCGAAGCUGCAGGCGUCGCUCGCAGCCGCCAUCGGCGAGUCGCUGACUGCCACGUGGCAAUGGGUGAAGGAACACAAACCGACGGGUUUGCCCAUUCCGGGCGUGCCGAAACCGGAAGGGGGAGCUGCGGAAAAGGGGGAGGGGGAGGGGGAGGGGGAAGCAGGGAAGGAGAAUGGAGUGGUUGGGGGGGCGGUGGCGGAAGGAGGGGAAGCAGCAGCGGAGGGGAAGGUCGGGGAGACAGAAAGCGGGGACGCAGCGACAGAGGCGGCGGAAGCGAGAAGCACAGAAGGAGCAGAGCAGGUUACGAUCGUUACAGAUGAAAAUGCAGAAGGGGAGGGAAAAGCGGAAGAAGUAAAACAAGGGGAAGGAGCGAGCGAAGAGAGUCGCGCCGAGGAGAGAAGGGAGGAAGUGUUGGACGAGAAGGAGAGGGCGAGGCGCGCCAAGGAGGAGGAGCGGCAGGUGAAGGAAGAGGCGGCGCGGAAGGAGGAGGAGGCGCGGCGGGAGCUGGAGGCGCUAGUUGCGCGCAUGGAGAAGUGGGAGAUCCUCUUCCGCAACCCCUCCCUCGCUAGCGCCCCCGCGCAGACCCUCCAGUUCGCCUGCAACGCCGCAGGCCUGGCCCUGGUGCACCAGAAGCUCGCCACGUGGCAGCAGGUGGUGGUCUCGCCCGCCGUGCUGCUGGACGCCUCACUGGCCGUGAUUGUAGCGAACGGAGGAACAGUGCCCGAGAACAAGGGCUACCAGCCGUCCUUCCCGUUAGAAGCACAGAAGAGCGACAGGGGAGGGGGGAAGGGGGACGAGAGCGCGGGGAAGGAUGGGCAAGAAGGGGAGGGGCAGGGGAGUGCGAUACGGUGGGGAUCUGCGGUGAUUAGAGGGCACUACCUGCCCAAGAGAAUAGGGGAGUCGCUGCUGCUGUCACCACAGAACUUCAUGGCGCUGGCGGUGACGCUGCCUGCUCGCCUGCGCACGUCCCCCUGGAGAUUGCUCUACUCCACGGCCAGGGAUGGCAUCAGCAUGGCAACAUUGUUUCGGAAGAUCAAGGGCAAGGGCGCGUGUCUGCUGGUUGUGCGUGACUCGAAUAAAUACGUGUUUGGGUGUUUCACCAACGAGGAGUGGCGCCCCAUGGACCGCUACUACGGCAAUGGAGAGUGCUUUGUCUUCCAGGUGCAGCCGGAGUGUGUGGCGUACAGGUGGGCGCGCACCAACAGCUACUUCAUGCUCUCCAGCAAUGCCAUGCUUGCUGUGGGGGGCGGCAACCACCACAGCCUGCUGCUGUAUGCUGAUCUCCUCACAGGCGCCAGUGCGCCGUGUGACACCUUUGGCAGCGCCAUCCUUGCCAGCUCUGAGGAGUUUGAGGUGGCACAGGUGGAGGUGUGGGGCUUUAAGUGA